GUCUGGUACAAAUUUUGUACUGAAAUUAAUACUGUAUGGACAAUAAAUCCUUACAUUAAUUUUAUGAGAAAAUGGAUCUCUAUUCAGAAUUAAAAAGGAACAAACAACAAUUCGAGAAUAAUGAAAUCAGUAAAGAAGUGUUUAACAAACGUCAAAUGUCCAUAUUAAACAAAUGGUCAGGAGAACUGAAGAACCAUUCUCAUGUUGUCAAUAAAUCAAAAGAAAUAGAUUUGUACGGAAUUCUCCACUUAUCACCUAGCGCGACUGAAGCUGACAUUAAGUCGAAGUACAAGGAACUUGCUCUGAAAUACCAUCCAGAUAAGAAUAGCAAUACCAAAACUGAAGAGUGGACCAAUCUUUCAAAAGCAUACCAGACCCUUUCAGAUAAAAACAGUCGAGCACAUUACGAUAAUUUCGGAACAGUUAGCAACACUUUCAUGGAUAAAGCAUCGUUCAACUGCUAUGUAGGAGGAGAAUUCUGGAAACCAUACAUUGGUAACCUGGAAAUUGGUCUCUGGUUAUUCUCAUUUAUAGAUAGUGAACUAGGAUAUGUAAUGUCAGCUGAACUGAAAAAACGUCGUCAUAACACUCGUGUGUUCAGCAUUGUCCGUUAUCUACAAGAUAAACUCUCUCAAUUUCCGAAGCAUGAUGACGGAUCGUUUGAGAAAAGUCUUUGUCAAGAAGCUCAGAGACUUUUGGCGGAACCCAAUGGCAAAGAGUUACUAUCCUUACUAGGCGAUAUUUACAUGACUGAAGCCGAAGCCCAUCUAGGCGGGUCUUUUGAGGAGGGCAUAUUAAGGAAUUUUUCUUUUUUUACUAAUAAUUUCAGGUUUUUUGAAGGCUUGAUUUACGGAUUCUGGGUUAAGGAAAUAAACCAAGAGGAGAUUCAAAACAUAGUCUGGAAACUUUCGCUAUCUGAAAUAACUUCUAUAGCACAUGAAACCUGUGAGAAAGUCCUUAAAGAAUACGAAUACAAUGAGGAAAAAUUCUAUCACCUUGUCAAUUCAUUAUAUUUCUUGGGCAAAGUGUGGAAAGAAAUAAGUGAGCAGCUUGAAAUAAAACCUUGAUAUUUGAUUAUUGUAAUUAUCACCUUUAUUGUUCUCUGUGCUUGUUUAUGUUAUACCUGACUCAAAUAUCGAUAUUUCAAAAUUUCAAACUUCAUUUCUGUAAAGGACUUAUAUAUUAAAUCAUGUAUUAUUUCUUUCAGUAAAAUAGUUUAGAGACUGAUAGAAUAGCGAGUUUCAACUAGGUGAUAAGUAAGCUUUUUUCAGAUAUUAGCUUUCGAACUCUCUUUUACAUCUAUAAUUCUGUUAUUAUCUUAAUACUUCCCACCACUAUACAGUAGAAUUUUAAGCACUAACUUUGAAAUUGACAGAUGCGGUAAAUAAAAAUUUAUAUUACUGUUGUAAAUUUAUUAGCGAUACAAAAUAACAUUC